AGUUCCGAGUUCGCCCAGUUCUGCCACUCGUCUCACUCUCAAUUCCAGUUUCAACUUUCAAGUUCAAGUCAAGUAAAAUGUAAUUGGAGCUUUCGGCUUAGCUAUCAUUUGUCUUAAUUAUCGCUAAUCAACAUAUUUGUCAUAUUAAUUAGUAAUCAAUUUAUAAUUAACAUUUAGUAACUGUUUGCGUUGUCGUUGAGUGCUAGUGUUAAUACUAGUUUUAUCAAAUUCGGUACCGGGGCAGAAUAAGUUGUUUUAGUAAAAUGUCGUCGUUGCCUAUUGUAUCUAUAACAAGAAGAGAGACGUUCAGCUCUUGCCACCGUCUACACAGUCCAUUUUUAAGUGAUGAGGAGAACAAGAAACUGUAUGGAAAGUGCAACAACCCAAAUGGCCAUGGGCACAACUAUGUUGUAUUGGUGACGGUAAAAGGCCCGGUGGAUGCUCACACCGGGAUGGUGAUGAACAUCCAUGAUCUGAAGCAGUACAUGAAGGAGGCCAUCAUGGAUCCUCUGGACCACAAGAACUUGGAUCAGGAUGUGCCUUAUUUUAAAACUGUGGUCAGUACCACAGAAAAUUUAGCAAUCUACAUCUGGGACCACCUACAGAAAGUAAUGGAAAAGCCAAACCUAUUGCAUGAAGUGAAAAUAUUAGAAACCGAGAAAAACCACGUGGUUUACCGCGGCGGCUCCACUUACCCCCGCAAGAAACAUGAGAACUCUAGCCUACAAUCCGGCCGCCACCACAAUGUGUCCUCUGAUUCGGAUUGAUUGAGAAAUCAAUACUAUUUCACUUUAUAGAUCUAUAAGAAAAUAUUUACAUGUUUAUUUUGUACUUAUAUUUGUUAGAAUAAAAACUAACAAUAUUU